AUGCAGGCCGAUGACAGCCCUCUGUGCGCCGAAACUGUUAGUGUCUUAACUCGGCCAUGGAGGCAUCGCCAAGCAUGCAGCACUGCACCGCCCCUUCGAGCGCUGACGACGGCGCCAUCGCUCGCUGCUUAGUUUGCUUCUCUCUUCUUGUUUAUACCCCACCAAUGUCGUUCUCUUUGACGUUCUAAGCACUGUCGUCGUAUCUGUUGUCUUGCAUUUGUCUUGUCGACCCCUGUAGCCGGGAUGCACAUCCUCUCCGCGCUCUCGUCGGUCCUCGCCCUCGCCACAGCUGCCGCCGCCUCAUCCUCGCACCGCGCUCCGCUGCGCACCAUCCAGUACGCCACCGACGCGGAUAUCCUGACCCCCAACCACCGCGUGACCGCCGUCUCGUCGUUCGACCUCGCCUUCACCGUCGGCAGCCAGCGCUUCCGCCUCAGCCUCGAGCCCAACCACGACCUCUUCGUCGAUGGCGGCCGCGUGACCCACCUCGCCGCCGACGGCAGCGUGCACGCCCAGGUCCCGAUCGACCGCCACCAGCACCGCGUGUUCAAGGGGACGGCGUCGCUGCUGCGCGGCAGCCGCUGGCAUGAAGUCGGCUGGGCGCGCAUCGGGAUGCGGCAGGACGGGCUGCAGCCGCUGUUCGAGGGCUCGUUUGUGCUGAACCACGACCACCACCACAUCAAGCUGGCCAGCAGCUAUGCCGCGACGCGGGUCGCGGGGGACCCGGAGGCGGAGACUAGCGACGCGGAGACGAUGGUGGUGUUCCGCGACAGCGACAUGGGCAUGGCGCCGCACGCCGACCACGACGAGCUGCGGAAGCGCGCGGGCGUGCACGGCCAGGCGUGUGGCAGCGACCAGCUGGGCUUCAACACGCAGGAAGACCACCCGGUGUUUGCGGGCAUGCGCGCGCGCGACAUGAGCCGGGCGUCGAUGCCGAUUGAGCGGCUGUUUGGGCGGCAGCUCGACAACCAGCCGGGGUCGGGCGGCGCGGGCGUGAAUCUGGUCAGCACCAUUGGCAGCACGCAGGGCUGUCCGACCACGCGCAAGGUGGCGCUGGUGGGCGUGGCCGCCGACUGCACGUAUAUCCAGUCGUUCAACCGCGACCGCAACCAGACGCAGCAGAACAUCAUCGAGCAGAUUAAUCUUGCGUCGGAGCUGUUUGAGAGCACCUUCCAGAUCUCGCUGGGUCUGGCCAAUGUCGUUAUUACGGACCCGGACUGCCCGGCGACGGCCCAGCAGUCGACGCCCUGGAACCAGGCCUGCAGCGACAGCGUUAAUAUUCAGGCCCGUCUGAAUCUGUUCUCCAGCUGGCGCGGCCAGCAGCAAGAUACCUACUCGCACUGGACCCUGCUCUCGACCUGCAAUACUGAUACUGCCGUCGGCCUCGCCUGGCUUGGACAGGCCUGCGUGCAGGGCUCGCAGCAGAACGGCGGCAGCAGCAGCGAAACCGUCGCCGGCGCCAACGUCGUCAUCCGCACCGCCACCGAAUGGCAGGUCAUCGCGCACGAGACCGGCCACACCUACGGCGCCGUCCACGACUGCACCUCGCAGUCCUGCGCCGACUCCAACACCGUCAACUCCCAGCAGUGCUGCCCCCUGUCCUCCUCGCAGUGCAACGCCGGCGCGCAGUUCAUCAUGAACCCGUCGACCGCGCAGGGCAUCACGCGCUUCUCGCCGUGCUCCAUCGGCAACAUCUGCUCCGCGCUGCAGCGCAACAGCGUCGAAUCCUCCUGCCUGACCAACAACCGCGGCAUCACCACCAUCGGCGAGCCCGUGUGCGGCAACGGCAUCGUCGAGGAGGGCGAGGACUGCGACUGCGGCGGCACCAGCCAGUGCGGCGAUAAUAGCUGCUGCAACCCAAACACCUGCCGCUUCAUCAACAACGCCGUCUGCGACGACUCCAACGAAGACUGCUGCCGCAACUGCCAGUACGCAAACAGCACCGUCGUGUGCCGCGCCUCCCAGGGCCCCUGCGAUCCCCAGGAGACCUGCAACGGCACGAGCCCGUACUGCCCCGCGGACACGUGGGAAGCCGCGGGCACCUCGUGUGGCGAGAAUCUGCAGUGCGCGUCCGGCCAGUGCACGAGUCGCGACCAGCAGUGCAAGACGCUCAUGGGGUCGUACACCCAGGGCAACGAGACGUAUGCGUGCGACACGCGCAGCUGCACGCUGUCGUGCCAGAGCCCCAGGUUCGGCGAUACGUGUUACGGGCUGCAGCAGAAUUUCCUGGAUGGCACGGUGUGCGCCGGCGGGCAUUGCACGAAUGGCCGCUGCGACGGCAACGUCGGCACCGAAAUAAAAUCCUGGAUCGACGAACACCUCUCCCUCGUCAUCGGGCUCGCCGCCGGUCUCGGCGGCGCCCUGGUUCUGUGCAUCCUAUGCUGCUGCUGGCGCUCGUACCGCCGCCGCCGGAGCCGCGCCAAGUACGCGGCGGCGGCUGCGGCGGCGGGUGCGGGGAGGGGCAGGAGGGGGCCGCCGCCACCGAUGGGCGGGUAUCCGCAGGGGGGGUACGGGCAGGUCGGGCAGCAGGGGAGCUAUCCCCAAGGGGCGUUUCCGCAAGGGCAGGGGCAGCAGUGGCAGGGUAAUCCGGUGCCGAUGCCGCCGCCGCUGCAGGCGAGGAAUAGUAUGCGGUAUGCGUAGAUGUAGUCGUGGUCGUACGCAUCGCAUUGGGCUGGUUGUUUUCUUUUGUUUGUUUGUUUGUUGUUUAGCGGGUGUUGUAGAGAGAGGAUA